AACAAACAUUAAUAAUCAGUCAUGAUCUGAUUGUGCCUUAAAAUCUCCAUAGUUAUCUAUAUAUGUUCAAAUUACUGUUGCACUGUGUGUGUGGUAGGCCUUAUUAUUUGUCUUACAUUAUUGCCUUGAACAUCAUGUGAAAAACGUGUUGAACUAAUUGUACCGAUAUAUCGCGAAUCUCGAAGUGUACUAACUAAGAGACUAAAAGGAUGUGGAAACUAUGGUCGUUGGAUUAUCUCAAAACAAAACUAGACAUUAAAAGCACCAUAAACCUUUUCUUAAUACCUGCCAUAGCUUUAACUGGCGACAAAGUUAUUGAUUACAUAUUCCCCUACAAAUCCUUAAUUUUAAAGUGCUUUAUUGAUAGUGCAACUCAUUUCAUAAUAGCAUCACUUUCAUGGAAUUAUGUGGGAAACUUAUCCAUUUACAAAAGGACCCAUUUGUUUGCUGUUUUUAUGUGUGGCCUGCUUGCUUCCUUAAUUGAUAUAGAUCAUUUUAUAGCAGUAGGGACCAUGAAUCUCCAAGUAGCCACUACAUUGCCUCACAGACCAUUUUUGCAUUGCACAACUGUAUUUUCAGCUAUUGCUGUUCUGUUAGCAUUGCUUUCUAUCAAAAUGCAUUCAAUCCCUUAUCUGAAACUAUCUUUGAUAAUAACAACUGCAAUCUGGACACACCAUUGGAGGGAUGGAUAUCGGCGCGGAAUUUGGAUCUGUCCAAUCGGUUCUACCCCACCGUACUGGUACUUCCUGUACCUCGUCGGUCUCGUAGCUCUGCCUUUGAGUUUACACUUUGUAUUGCGGUUUACCAGUGAACUAAUCAACAAAGCCAAGAAUCAAGGCCUACAGCCAGUUUACUUUAUAUAAUAUUGCCAUUGUCCCUGUUUAAUUCUGUUCUGCCAAUAACUAGUACAAUAA